AUGCAUGGCUAUGAAGAAGACCUUGAUGAGGAAGCUGGGUAUGACGACUAUUACAGUGAUGAUAAUGGAUUGAAUGAGUACGAGGAUGAAUAUGAGGAGGAAGAAGAACAAGAAGUUCCUCCAAAGGAAGAGUUGGAGUAUCUUGAGUUGCGCCAAAAGAUUAAAGAGUCUAUCAGGAAGAAGUUGGGCAAAGGAAGUGUUAAUGCUCAAUCUUCACAAGACAGAAGGAUGAAAAAACUUCCUUAUAACGACUUCGGUUCUUUUUUUGGACCUUCACGGCCUGUUAUAUCCUCGAGGGUUAUACAAGAAAGCAAGUCCUUGCUAGAAAACGAGAUUAAAAACUCUAACCAACCUAAGAAAAGACCUGCUCCAACGAACAGUUCAGGUGAUAGGAAUGCUUCCCAGGAGAAGCGUCCUAAAGUUGUGAGUGCCGUGAAAAGGAAAGUUGAGACUCUUAAGGAUACAAGAGACUAUUCCUUCUUGUUUUCCGAUGAUGCGGAGCUUCCUGUUCCGAAGCGGGAACCGCUGUCUCGAAAUGGCUCUUUUCCUAACUCCGAGUCUCGAUCUGCUCAAUUGUCAGCGAGGCCUAAACAAUCAUCAGGUAUCAAUGGUAGAUCUAUUCACGGUCCCCCUCGUGAGGAGAAGAGACCCGUUGUUUCAGCAAAUGGGCAGUCAAGACCAUCUUCAUCAGGCAGUCAAAUGAAUCAUUCAAGACCGUCUUCCUCUGGCAGACAAAUGCAAAAUUCAAGACCGGCUGCUUCCUCUGGAAGCCAAAUGCAGUCGAGACCUGUCUCAGGGAGACCGGCAGGCAGCAGCCAGAUGCAGAAUUCAAGACCAGCUUCCUCUGGUAGCCAAAUGCAGCAAAGGGCUGCAUCCUCGGGCAGCCAAAGACCUGGUUCCUCAACGAACCGUCAAGCGCCAACAAGACCACCAGGUUCCUCGAUGAAUGGCCAAUCAGCUAACCGGAAUGGUCAGCCAAGUUCCAGAACAGACCCCCAAAGAUCAGCUCCUGCCAAACUGCCGAUGGAUCAUAGGAGGCAGAUGAGCAGCAGCGGCCAUGGAGUCGGUCCUACUCGGUCGGUGUCCACUUCUAAGCCUUUACCCUCGAAGUCGUCAUUGGAUAGAAAACCCUCUAUCUCGGCGGGAAAGAGUUCUAUUCAAAGUACUCAGAGACCGUCCUCAAGACCUAUGUCAUCUGAUCCUAGGCAACGGCUUGCAGAACAACAAAGAAAGGUCUCCCGUGACCCUACCACAUCCCGAAUGAUCCCAAAACAAUCAGCGCCUACCUCUAAACACCAGAUGAUGAGUAAACCGGCGCCCAAGAGACCUGCACAACGUGAUAUAGAUGAUCGGAGACCACUGAAGAAGAAGAAGCCUGCAGUAAUGUCAGAGGAUGCUAAGGCAUUGAGUAUGAUUAGACAAAUGUUCAAUACUGAUCGUUAUGCUGGACGUGACGAUGAUGACCGAGGCAUGGAAGCGGGCUUUGAAGAUAUCAUGAAGGAAGAGAGACGAAGUGCGAGAAUUGCAAGGGAGGAAGAUGAAAAGGAAGCUAGGCUGAUCGCAGAAGAAGAAGAGCGAGAGAGACAGAGAAAGUUGCGGAAGAUGAGGCGUUAA